AUGAGCUUUAAUCUGCCCAUACUCCCGCCAACCUCUCCAACAAGUCAGAGAAACAGAGAUAGUAGGAAUUACUUUACAAACAGCUAUAGCCCCCCGGCUUCAACCGAGGCUAUCAAUGGCCCGGUGAGGCAGCGGACAAAGGAGUUGGCUCCCAUCAGUGAUCGGCUGAUUGUUGGCGUUGACUUUGGCACUACUUUCUCUGGUGUUGCCGCCGUAUACACAGGAACGCCAGAUGAUGUAGAGAUUAUCAAGACCUGGCCGGGCGGGAACGGCAUCACGUCCGAUAAGGUCCCUACCGAGCUUUCCUAUGCGGCCGUCCCGCCCAAUGCGCCGCCAGGCACCGCGCCAACCGUGAAAUGGGGCUUCCAGUUCCGACCGGAAGAGUCGCGGAUACGCUGCGUCAAGCUCUUCCUCGACCGGUCCCAGAAGCUGCCCUUCUACGUGAACCCCAAGGAGACGGCUACGCAGCUCAAGAACAACAGGAAGACGGUGAUUGACGCCGUGAGCGACUACCUCACGCAGAUCUACAAACACACCAUGGACACGCUAACGCGGCGGUAUGGCGAGUCGUUCAUGGCGUCGACAAAGGUCGACUUUGUUCUAACGUGCCCGGCUGUGUGGUCGGAUGCGGCCAAGAACGCGACCCUCCAAGCGGCGGAGAGGGCCGGGAUGGGCGCUCAGUCGCAGAUUCAGAUGAUUAGUGAGCCGGAGGCGGCGGCAGUGUAUACUUUGAAAGCUAUACAGCCUAAUCAUCUGAAGAUUGGAGACAACUUUAUUGUUUGUGAUGGCGGUGGUGGUACUGUCGAUUUAAUUGCAUACAAGAUCGUUUCACUAGGGCCGAUCAGAGUCGAGGAGUCUGCUGUCGGCACAGGUGGGCUUUGCGGAAGUGCUUUCCUCAACUACAGGUUUGAGGAGCACGUCAAGAACCGGUUGGGGGCUAGUCGGUUUGAGGAGGUGAAGACCAAGAAGGGCAAGUCGUGGCAGAUGGCGCUCAAGUACUUCGAGGAGUUCGUAAAGCGCAACUUUAACGAAGAUGAGCAUCAGGAGAUCAACGUCCCAUUCCCCGGUCUCCCCGAUGACGAAGAAAUCGGUCUCGACUGUGGUUUCCUGAUGAUGACCGCGGCUCAAGUCAAAGACAUCUUCGACCCCGUCGUCAAGGAGGUCUGCGACCUCGUCCAGGGGCAAGUCGACAACCUGCGCGCCAAGGGCCAGACCGUCUCGGGUAUCAUCCUGGUUGGCGGCUUCGGCCAGAGCGACUACCUCUACCGCACGCUCAAGAAGCACUUUACCAGCACGGCGGCCCCUCCGCCCUACACCCCAACACCCACACAGCAAAGCACGUUGGCCGCGGCUUUGGGGAGUAACUCGAUCGAGGUGAUGCAGCCUGUGUACGCAUGGACGGCCGUGGUGCGCGGCGCGGUCCUGCGCGGGCUAGAGGGUAACAUGGUCAUCUCGCGCAAGGCGCGGAUGCACUACGGGACGUCGUACGCGACGGUGUAUGAUGAAGAGAAACACAGCGUUACGGAGCGGUAUUGGAGUCCGUUGUGGGAGAGAUGGAUGGUUAGUGAUCGGAUGCAGUGGCAUAUUGCCAAGGGCGAAACUAUAUCCCCCCAAAAUCCCAUAGCUUUCCACUACACGCGCAACUUCCGGCCCGGCCAGUCGCUCGUGGUGACGGACGACCUAAUCGCUUGCGAGGCAGACGAGCCGCCCAAGUCGUACACGCGCGACCUGAUCAAGGUGUGCACGCUGACGACGGACUUGUCUGCUGUACCGAGGAGCCUGUUUACUAGACUGACGACGACAAAAGGGGUGGAGUUUGAUAACCUCGACUUUACGCUCGAGAUGAUUGUCGAUAGUGCGGGCUUGGGGUUUGAGCUCAAGGUUGAUGGGGUUAGGUAUGGACGGGUUGAUGCCGAGUUUUACUAG